AUGUCUUCUAAAAGGAAAAGUUCUAAAUAUAUUGUUAAUAGUGACGAAGAAGCUGGUUAUAUAAAUGAGGAGCAACACGAUAACAAUGAUGGGGAGGAAGAGUUUGAAGAAGAUGAAGAUCCUAAACCAAGUAAAAGUACCUCUUCUCGAAGUUCAAAGAAAAUUAAAAGAGAUCCCGACUCUGAAGAAGCAUACGAAAGCGAUCGAAGUGAUCGCGGGGAAAAUAAUGAUGGAGAGACAUAUUUCAAAUUAUCUGAAAAAAAGAGGGUGACUGUCCGCGAAUGGAGAAAUAUGGUUUUAAUCGACUUUCGUGAAUUCUUUCAAACUAAAGAUGGUAAUACGCAACCAACAAAAAAAGGCAUUUCCUUACAAUUGGAACAGUGGAAUAAACUGAAACAGUUGAUUCACGACAUCGAUGACGAGAUUAGAAAAUUGAAAUAA